AUGACGACAAUGGGCCCCAUCCCCGAACCCGCAGCAGGCUGCACGCCCGCACCGCCCGCCGCGCUCACCGCCGACCAGCAGACCAAGUACGACCAGUUUCUCGCUGAAGUCCGCGCCUGGGAGUCCCUCCCGGCAUCCUCGGCCAAAGGCGCCGAACCCACUCCCCUCGACGACAACGAGCGCAUGUGGCUGACCCGCGAGUGCCUCCUUCGCUACCUUCGCGCUACCAAAUGGAACCUUGCACAAUCCUCUACCCGCCUGCGCUCAACGGCGGUCUGGCGGCGCGAGUUCGGCACCGAGAAGCUCUCAGCCUCGUACAUAUCCCCCGAGAACGAGAAGGGCAAGCAGGUCCAGCUCGGUUUCGACAAGUCAGGAAGGCCGUGCCUGUACCUUCUGCCUCAGAACCAGAACACCAAGCCUAGCCCAAGGCAAGUCGAGCACCUCGUCUACAUGCUGGAGAGGACCAUCGACCUGCACCCUCCCGGCCAAGAGAGCCUGGCGCUGCUCAUCGACUUCCGAAACACAUCCUCCGGCGGCACACCAGGGUUGGGCAUAGCGAAGCAAGUCCUCGACAUCCUGCAGAACCACUACCCUGAGCGCCUCGGCCGCGCACUGCUAACGCACUUGCCCUGGUACAUCUCCAUAUUCUUGAAGGCCAUCAACCCCUUCAUCGAUCCUGUCACCAAGGAGAAGAUCAAGUACAACGAACCCCUCACCGACCACGUACCCGCCGCCCAGCUCAUGAAAGUGUCCGGCGGCGAUAUCGACUUCAAGUACGACCACGACCUUUACUGGCCCGCGCUGGAGAAGCUGGCUGCUGAUCGUAGGGCGAAGAGGGUAGAGAGGUGGGAGAAAGCAGGCAAGCUGAUUGGCGAGAGCGAGAUCUACCUCUGGGGCGGAGAAGAGUCCAGCGUUGGUGGAGGCCAGGUUGCGGGCAACGAACCAGCAACAAACGCCGCUCCCGUCGACGUAGCAUCAGCACCUGUCGAGGCUGCACCGCUCAGCAACGCCGCAGUCGUUGCCCCUCCCGUCCACGCACCAGGUGCCAACGGCGAUGCCGCGCUGGCCGACGGCGUUGCAAACUUGGACGUCAAGGACGGUGAAUCUGCCAAGCCUGCAGCCUAA